AUGCUCUUGGACAUCAACCGCAAGCUCUUUACUCGCUCAGACCGCGUAAAAGGGGUCGACUUCCACCCCACUGAGCCCUGGAUUCUGACUGGUCUCUACAACGGCACGGUCAACAUCUACAACCAUGACACUGGCGCGCUAGUCAAGACGUUCGAGGUCGCGGAGGUCCCUGUCCGGUGCGUGCGCUUUAUCCCCCGCAAGAACUGGUUCGUGGCUGGCUCCGACGACUUUCAACUGCGUGUCUUCAACUACAACACGCACGAAAAGGUCGCGGCCUUUGAGGCACAUCCGGACUACAUACGAUGCCUCACCGUCCACCCUACUGCGAGCAUCGUUCUGACGGGAAGCGACGACAUGACAAUCAAAGCAUGGGAUUGGGACAAGCAGUGGAGAUGUAUCCAGACCUACGAAGGACACACACACUACAUCAUGAACAUCUCGGUCAACCCGAAAGACCCGAACACGUUCGCCUCAUCGUGUCUGGACAGGACUGUGAAGAUGUGGUCCCUUGGUUCCCCUUCGCCCAACUUCACGAUGGAAGCGCAUGACAAGGGCGUCAACUUCGUCGAGUUCUACCCCGGAGCUGACAAGCCGUACCUCGUGACCGCGAGCGACGACAAGACCGUGAAGAUCUGGGACUACCUCAGCAAGAGUUGCGUUCAGACGCUCGAAGGUCACUCGAACAACGUCCUCUUCGCGGUGUUCCACCCCAACCUUCCCAUCAUCAUUAGUGGUGGUGAAGACGGCACAGUCAAGCUAUGGAACAGCGGGACGUACCGGUUGGAGAACACGCUCAGCUAUGCUCUGGAACGUGCGUGGUGUGUAGCCCUUAGGAAGGCAGCGAACGAAGUCGCGGUCGGUUACGACGAGGGUCUUGUUGUCGUCAAGCUUGGACGCGAUGAGCCCACAUACAGCCUAGACUCGUCUGGAAAGCUCAUUUACACUCGCAAUAACGAAGUUCUCUCCGCAAACAUCCAGACCAUCCAAGAGGACUCCGUCGCGGAUGGCAACCGGAUACCUCUCUCUAUCAAGGAGCUGGGCUCAACGGAAGUCUUUGCGACGUCGCUCAUGCAUUCCCCGAACGGUCGCUUCGUCACCGUCGUCGGUGACGGCGAGUACAUCGUCUACACGGCGCUCGCGUGGCGUAACAAGGCGUUCGGCAAUGGUAAUUCGUUCGCUUGGGCCGGGGAUUCGAACACCUACGCAGUACUGGAGGGUCGGAUGAAGCUCCGAGUGUACAAGAACUUCCGCGAGCGGGGUGGUGCGGGCAUGAAGGGCGUCGGCUCCUGGGCGAUCGAUGGCAUCCACGGCGGCACGCUACUCAGCGCGAGGGGCGCUGGGUUUGUAAUCUUCUGGGAUUGGGAGUCCGGUGAGAUUGUCCGGAGGAUAGAAGUCGACGCGAAGAACGUGUACUGGUCAGGGACAGGUACCUUGGUUGCGAUUGCGUCAGAGGAUUCGCUCUAUGUGUUGCGCUUCGACAGGGACGCGUACAACGAGAAGCUCGAGGCUGGCGUCGACAUUGGGGACGAGGGAGUCGAGGAGGCUUUCGAGCUCGUUGCUGAGAUCUCGGACAGUUCCAAGACUGGCAAGUGGAUCGGCGAUUGCUUCAUCUACACCACUGCCGGCAACCGACUCAACUACUUCAUUGGUAGUGAGUCGUACACUAUCACUCCCUUCGAUACUCCCCUCUUCCUCCUCGGCUACAUCCCACAACAUAACCGCGUCUACCUCGUUGACAAGGAUGUCAAUGUUUACAGCUACUCAUUAUCGCUUAGCGUGGUCGAAUACCAGACGGCAGUGCUUCGAGGGGACAUGGAUGCAGCGAACGAGAUUCUCCCCGCCAUCCCCAAAGAGCAGCGGAACAAAAUCGCCACGUUCCUGGAAGGCAGAGGCCUCAAGGAACUCGCGCUGGAGGUCACGACUGACCCAGACCAAAAGUUCGAGCUAUCGCUACAGCUGGAGGAUCUCGAUGCUGCCGUCGAGAUAGCGCGGACCGUGCCCGAACUGGAGGCGGAGACCAAGUGGAAGGCAAUCGGCGACCGCGCGCUCGCAGUCUGGCGAUUCGACCUGGCACGCGAGUCAUUCGAGAAGGCGGGCGACUUGAGCGCGCUGAUGCUCCUGCUCCUCGCAACGGGGGACCGCGAGGGGCUCAUCAAGCUCGCUGGGCAGGCAGGCGCGUACACGUGGCCUCGGCUGUGGGGCUUCCCAUCUGACGGCCAGAAUAACCUCGCCUUCGCCGCCCUGCUGCAGCUUGGCGACGCGAAGCCGUGCGUCGACCUCUUGGUGAAGACGCACCGCGCGCCCGAGGCGGCCAUGUUCGCACGGACAUACGCACCAUCGAAAGUCCCUGGGGUCGUGGAAGCAUGGCGCGGUGACCUGACGUCGAAAAACAAGAGCAAGCUCGCAGCAGCGGUCGCGGACCCCGUUGCCCACCCUGAGAUUUUUGAGGAGGGCUGGCCGGAGGCACUGCAGCGUGAAGGGAAUACACUUGCGCCCGGAGCGCCGCGCGUAAACGGGAGUUCGCCAGCAACAGACGACGCAGAGGAGGACGAGGAUGAGUAG